GCCUGAUCAAGUCAAGCGUCUCGAAGCCAUUGUUACUGAUUUCGAGUGACAUGGCGCGCAGUGCCUCCUGCUUCCAGUUGGUCGUCGCCGUCGCGGCGUGCCUCGCCGCGGCGGCCGGGGCGGAUUCGGGCAGUGGCACGGCCACGUUCUACGGCGGGAGCGACGCCUCCGGCACGAUGGGCGGCGCGUGCGGGUACGGCAACCUGUACUCGACGGGGUACGGGACGAACACGGCGGCGCUGAGCUCGGAGCUGUUCAACGACGGCGCGGCAUGCGGGCAGUGCUACCAGAUCAAGUGCGAGAAGGAAAACUCGAAAUGGUGCAAGGAGGGCACGUCGGUGACCAUCACGGCGACCAACCUCUGCCCCGCGGACUACUCGAAGCCGAGCGACAACGGCGGCUGGUGCAACCCGCCGCGCCAGCACUUCGACAUGGCUCAGCCCGCCUGGGAGCAGAUCGGCGUCUACCAAGGCGGCAUCGUCCCGGUCACAUUCCAGAGGGUGUCGUGCUCGAGGAAAGGAGGGGUGCGGUUCACCAUCAACGGCAACAGCUACUUCGAGCUGGUGCUCAUCACCAACGUGGGCGGGGCGGGGUCGAUCAAGUCGGUGCAGAUCAAGGGCAGCAAGACGGGGUGGGUCACCAUGUCCAGGAACUGGGGCGCCAACUGGCAGUCCAACAACUACCUCAACGGCCAGGCCAUCUCCUUCAUGGUCACCGACACCUACGGCACCACGCUUACCUUCGACGAGGUCGCGCCGUCCGACUGGCAGUUCGGCCAGACCUUCACCAGCGGCACGCAGUUCUACUAGCUAGUAGCUAGCGCGCGGCGGCGCAUGAGCCGCCGCCGCCGCCGCGCGCUGGCCACACGGCGAGCGGCCGCCAUUUCCGAUCCGUUCAUUUUUGCAUUUGGAAAACUUGUUAAAAAAGACCAGCUUAUUUAGCAUCAUUCUGAUUGGG